CUCGCUUCUUCUACGUACAGUAUCUGUCGUUCCCCCUGCAACAACCAAACCGCUGCUCGCCAACAUCGACCUCGACAACGACAGCACAACCUCCUUGCCCUCGUCAACCACAUAGCAAUGAGGCCAUUAACACGAGCGUCACCCGCCAUGUGCCUGCGUGCAGUCGCCGUCCACAGAAUACCGGCUACCAGGUCUUUCGCUACCACCACACCCCGCCAUUCCCUAUUCGCCUCCUACCUCAACACGGUCCGCAAGAACGUGAAAGAGAUCACUCCGCAGCAACUCAACGCCAAGCUCGCCUCGGCGCCACAACAGGACGGCAACGCCCACACCGCGUUCCACGUCUUGGAUGUGAGGGAACCCCAGGAAUGGAAUAAAGAUUGUCUGCCGUAUGCUUUGUACACUGGACGAGGGUGCUUGGAGCGUGAUAUUGAAGGCAUCGUCCCCGACCCAUACGACAACAUCGUAGUCUACUGCGCCGGCGGCGUCCGCUCGAUCCUCGCUGCCGACGCGCUGCAGAAGAUGGGUUACAAGAAUGUUGCGAGCCUGAGCGGUGGGAUUAGCCAGUGGAAGCAGGACGGAUACCCCCUUGGAAAGGCCCAUCAGAGCUUUUCGCCGCUUGUUGCGUAUGAAUGAGUGAUUUUUUGUGUGUCUCGAAAAUGGAAAAAUUUGAAAUGAAAUGAAAGGACAAGUCUGCAUCUGGAUGUGAGGAAGUGGGAGCGGGGUCAGAGCGGGAUGGGAUAGGAAUGGGAGAGAACGAGCGUAACCGAAAUGAACAGCAUGGCAGAGACGAAACAAAUGCUGUUUUCCUUUUGUCAACAGAGUUAUUCUGGUUGUCUUCGUGCGUUGAAGAUAUGUCAAUAGUCGAGAAGAGAUUCACAAUACGAAUUUGAUUCAGACCGG